AUGCCAUACGGCAGCCAAUUCGACCCCGAAGCCUGCGGUUCCCAUGUCCCGGCGGAGUUUGCCGGCCGAUCCCGCGUAUCCGUGCUCCUCGUCAUCCUGUCCGAAGUUGACGGCUUGAUUCUGCAACACGUGAACAUGCCCGUGUCCGCCGAGAACACCACAAAAUUCUACAGCACUCUUCAUGACCCUGUGAGUGCUGAGCUUGGUCUUGUGCUCAAGAACAUGGAGGCAAUUACGUCCCACGACGGCGGGAGCUGCUGCUCGCCGCCACGACAGGGCAUUGUCCAAGUUCUCGCCGGUUCGAAACGUGAAUGGUACUGA